AUGGCAUCCCCCAAUCCAAAGACCACGGGCUCAUGUCUCUGCGGCAAAGUACGCUAUGAGCUCGAAGGACUUCCGACAAACUCUGUUUUAUGUUUCUGUGACAACUGCAGAAAAGCAACGGGCUCUGUCUGCAUGGCAAAUAGCUGGUAUAAAAAGGAGGCACUAAAUAUUACUCAAGGCAAAGACAAUCUUGCGACGUACUCCGACAAUGCGACGGAUUCUGGAGUCACUAUCGAGCGCUCGUUCUGCACAACAUGCGGUUCAUCAGUCGUUAGUGAGAACAAGGGCAAGCUUCCUGGUGUGGUGAUUGUGUCGUGCGGUACUAUAGACUUCGCGGAGGGAGAGAGUUGGGGCCCACCAACCAUGGAGUAUUUCUGUAAAAGAAAGGCAGCAUGGCUAACCACAUCCGAGGGCUCCGAGAAGUUCUGGGGGCUGACAUAG